ACAUGUAAACUCAACAACACAGCUCUGCCCUCCGGCUAUGAGCAUCUCUCUCGGGUACCGGGUACCGCCAAGGUCAAGGGGUUGGAGUCUGGAUUCUGGUUUGCUUCCCUCCUCCACCUUCGCACACACCAGCCAACAUGUUCAACGUGAGGACGAGCAUGAGUGGCAGGAACUACAGUCCAGGGGUGCUGGUUGGCAACUGGAACGAAGACGUGUAUCUGGAAGAGGAAUUCCUGAAAGACUUCUUAUACAAAAGAGAAAGAGGAGAACUUUUAAUCCAGAGAUCACAAAGGCUGAGAGAUCACCUUUAUAAGAAGGAGGAGCUUUCCGUUUCGAAAGAUGGGUUUAUUCACUUUGGAGACACCGUCAUGCUGGUGAAUCCAGACAACAGCAGAUCCCUCACCCAGAGUGAACCUAACGCACGUGGGAAUCUGUCUCUGGCUGUUAAUCCCGAUGAAGCAUCCAUCCAUCUACGUCCAGAGCUCCCCGUCCCCUGCGAGACAAGCGCCAUCAGGAGCAUGACACCCGUUGGCCGCAACACGUUUCGGAUUUUAAGCCUUGAAGGGGAAGCAAUGGGCGAGCCUGUUCGGUUUGGGCAGAACUUUGGCCUUGGAACGGCAGGAGGGUUUUCUAACCGCCUGCUGUUUCUUGCGAGCGACCACAGGACGUUCUUGAACAUGGCGAAGAAAUCCUGCUGCCAGCCUGUGUUCAUGACCGAUGAACUUUCUUACCUGGCGUCUUGGCAAGCAACCUUCCUGGACCCCCAGUUCCGCCUGGAAUAUGAAGGCUUCCCAGUGCCUGCAAAUUCAAAGAUCCUCAUUGUUCACUGCCAUACGAACCAGGGACUGGCAGUUCCGAGAAAUUUUUGGCUCAGGACGUACUUUGGCAAGGAAUAUGAAGUCAACUGCCGCACCUACCUGGACACCCACAAAGCGGAGGAAGACAAGAAUCACUGGCUCAUCGUUGUUGGCAAUCCUAGCAGCAAUUCUGCCACCAUGUUGGAUAGACCGAAGCCGCCCUCCGAGGAGACCAGAGCCCAAAACUGUGAACUCCACACAGAGACGUCCACAGAACAAGCGCCCACACUUUAAAAUUAAGAGAUGCUGUUUUGUUUGUGCUCUUGUAAGAAAAAGAAGUGGGAUAAAAAUGGAAUAAAUGGCUAUCAGAACACA